CGCCAUCAUCACAGUGCAUGCAUGUGAAUCAGUAGUGUGUAGCGUGUUUACGUUGUUUUCCUGGUGUGUGUGUGUGGGACUCGUGUAAGUGGCUGUGCGGGGGAUGGAGAAGCCUUACACGGAUCAGUCUCUGCAGUGAGGCGGUGGGAAACUGCGGCUCGUUGUUAAAUGCAGCCGCUUGGCUCUGUGUACAGGGCAGCUAACAGAAGCUAACAAGCUAACAGCAGCAGCAGCAGCAGCUCGCUGACAGGAAGUUGUUACAGUGAGGUGGGCAGCUUUCAGCUCUGCUCGGUGCUCAUGGCCGAUGACGGCGAGAAGAGGGAGGCGUCAGCCCAGCAGCAAGGCGAGCAGCAUGGAGAAGCUGCGGCGGAGAACCAGGCGCUGUCCAAACGGCAGAGGAAGAAGCUUCUGAAGCAGCAGAAGUGGGAAGGGGACCGGGAGCUGCGGAAGCAGAAACGAAAGGAGAGGAAGCAGCAGCGUCGCGUAGAGAGGCAGAAUUGUGAGGAGGAGGAACACAGGGAUGAUGCCCAGAGUGCCAGAAAGCGUCUCCGCAGAGAGAUAACGCCCAGCUCUCUGAGGCUAGUGGUGGACUGCAGCUUCGAUAGCCUCAUGCUGUUCAAGGAUGUGCGGAAGCUUCACAAACAGAUCCAGCGGUGCUAUGCUGAGAACAGACGAGCCGUUCAUCCAGUACAGUUUUAUCUGACGAGCCUUGGGGGACAGCUGAAACAGGGCAUGGAUGAAAAGGACAAAGGAUGGGUAAACUGGAAGGACGUUACCAUUAAAACUGAGCACUACAGUGAAGUUGUGGCUAAGGAAGAUCUGGUGUACCUGACGUCAGACUCUCCCAAUGUGCUGGAGGAACUGGACCAAAAAAAAGCCUACGUGAUCGGCGGCCUGGUGGACCACAACCAUCACAAGGGGAUAACCUUUGAGAGGGCGAAGGAACUGGGGAUUGAUCACGCUCAGCUUCCUCUUAACAGCUUUGUCAAGAUGAACAGUAGGAAGGUUCUGGCAGUCAACCAUGUGUUUGAGAUCAUCUUGGCCUAUCUGGAGAAGCGCAGCUGGCAGGAAGCCUUUUUCACCGUCCUGCCUAUGAGGAAAGGAGCUGUGGCCGUCGACAAGGAUGGAACAGCUGUUCAGGAAAAAGAGGAGGAAGAUUCAGGCUCAGAGCCGGACCCCGACACACCAGAGCAAACUGAGAAAAGAACCUAACACUUUGCAUGAAUGGACAAUCAAGAGUUUAAAGAGUUAAAUCAAAGUGGUUAGAUUUAUAUCGGAAACUUACUGUCUUUAAAAUUUCAAAAUAGUUUUGGGGUUUUUUACUAAAUAUUUAUUUAAAAUUGUAUUUUGUUCCAACUGUCAAUUACAAUGUUCAAGUUAAUGAACUAUUGACAUUUUCAGUUUUGCUGUGACUUCUGCCAGAGUAUUGCUAUAACAUUCAAGGGCAUACGUUUUACUGAAGUUUUAUUUUUUGAGCUGCCACACCUUUGCCAAAUGGAACUUUUUCAAAGAACAGAUUUAACACAAGACGAAGUAAACACUUGACCUCUGUUUUCACUCUUAAUGAUUCUUGGAGUUUUUGACUGUAUAGUAUUCUAUAUCCCGACGAAAUAUGAUACGAUAAAACUUUAUUGUUCCUACGCUGCGGAAAUUAA